UUGUGAAGUGUUACCCAGUUAAGCUGGAAUCAAGACAGGACAACGCCAGCCCCUCCUGGUCCUAAAAAGCUCCUAGUCUGUAAAAGCUAGAAACUUCCUGUGCGUGAAAUAAAAUGGAUGGAACUGCCGUUUUGUCGCGUUUCCAGAAGCCGUCCUGAUACCACCAGACACCAUCAGGCCCGCAGCAAAAACACGAAGCCCGGGCUCGCCUGCUGACUCUGCCCUCUCGGGAAAGAUGGGAAAGGGCUACAAGGUGGUGGUUUGUGGAAUGGCCUCGGUGGGAAAGACUGCGAUUUUGGAGCAGCUUCUCUAUGGAAAGCAUACUGUUGGCUUAGAAGAGGGUGCCACAAUGGAAGAUGUGUAUUUGGCAUCAGUGGAGACAGACCGAGGUGUGAAGGAACAGUUACGGCUUUAUGACACCAGGGGUCUGCAGGAGGGCGUAGAAUUGCCAAAACACUAUUUCUCUGUCGCUGAUGGCUUCGUUCUCGUGUAUGCCGUGACCAGCCUCGAAGCCUUCCAAAGAGUUGAACUGCUCAAAAAGGAGAUCGACGUCUUUAGAGACAAAAAAGAGGUAACAGUUAUUGUCUUGGGAAACAAAACUGACCUCCUGGACCAAAGGCAAGUGGAAACAGAAACAGCACAGCAAUGGGCAAGGGCCGAGAAAGUGAGACUGUGGGAAGUGACUGUGACAGAUCGGAAAACACUGCUUGAGCCCUUCACCUUCUUAGCCAGCAAACUCUCCCAGUCCCAGAACAAAUCAGCAUUUCCCUUGCCUGGAAGGAAGAGCAAAGGGAAUAACUGUGAUAACUAAACUACCUUAGCAUUGUCUGCUGCUGCCAGGUCACAGACGAAGUCCUUUCUGUGCCAUUUGCUUAUCACAGUUUCACUUAAAGCAAUAAUCUCAUUCAGCAAUAAAAUCAGCAAGCUUAUGGCUAAGAGGUAUCCUUCCUUCUCAUGGACUUGGCUUGAAAAAGUCACUGGUGGUAAAAGCCUUAAAAAGCACUUCAUGAGAGGAGUUAUCUUGCACCAAGGGUUAUGGAGGAUGGAGGGAUAGCCUCUCUAGCAGGGGCUUUGACUAUGCCUGGAUACAGCCAUGUUGAGGAAUAAAUCACCAAGCUUAUCAUUAAGCAAUCCCCCUGCAGAUCUAUAGCCUCUAGUCAUAAAUAGUACUAGCUGCAAUAAAGCAUUCAAUUUGGAGAGAGGAUGUUUGAAAUGGCAACAGUCCUUUUACCUUGACCUUAAACAGGGCCACAGGGCUUUUUGAUGCUGCAGGAGGCUGAGGUCAGUGUGUUGUUGCAGGAGAAAAGUUUGGGGCAGGAGGAACAACUACCAGCAAAUUUAGCUGCUGAACUUCUGCU